UACCAACGAGUGGGUGCAAUGGAAAACGGUUACAAGAAGGAAGAGUUUUGCAGUUCGGAGAAAAGCAGCAAGAGCAUUGCGAAUGGACUAAAUGUAUGCGUUUGAGUGAAACUCGUCUGAAUCAAGUUGUUUUCAUCAUUGCAAACAAAACAAAACUUAUCGCGAAGAAAUUGGCACCAUCAAAUCAAUAAGGCAAUCAUGCGAGAUCUGCGGACAAUGUGCGCGCACACCGCCAUCUCACCCGAAUUGCGCUUUUCAUUGACUAUUUAAUUCCACACAGAACGCAGAAACAUGACAAACCACACUAGAUACUGACAUACACAACCAUCGCCAGCCACGCUCUAAUCCGAUCUCUUUGUCACGCUGGGCACCGCCGCUCGCAUCACAGAAAAGCAAGCAAAUGGCAUUGCCCUCACUGUUGCCAUUCCAAACGUUCCCAUCCGGGAGAAGUGGGGCAAGGGGGUGGAGUUCAUGCUGUCCUGCAUUGCCUAUUCGGUGGGAUUUGGGAACAUCUGGAAGUUCCCCUACACGGCACUGGAGAAUGGUGGAGGUGCCUUCCUGAUCCCGUACCUGGUAGUGCUGUUCCUGAUCGGUCGGCCGAUCUACUACCUGGAGAUGGUGAUGGGACAGUUUUGCAGCCGGGGGUGUGUCAAAAUUUAUGACAUGGCACCGAUCAUGCGGGGUGUUGGUGUCGGGCAAUCGUUGGCCAUGUUUGUCGUGAUGACCUACUACACGCCGGUGCUAGCGAUUACGCUGUACUAUCUGGUGUCAUCGUUCAGCAGUGAACUGCCGUGGAGCAAAUGCGAUCCUUCGUGGAGUCGGUGUAUCGAUUCAAAGGAUCGAGAGUUUCAUAACACAAAUGGUUCGCAGUCGCUGCACAUGAACGUCUCGGCGGAGUUGUUCUUUACCAAAACCGUCAUGCACCGUGCCCCGCUGGCUCAGGGUCUCGGCAUGCCGGACAUGAACCUGACCCUCUGUCUCCUGGCCUCCUGGUUGGUAGUAGCCGUCAUACUGAUCAAAGGCAUUCGCAGCACUGGCAAGUGUGCCUACUUUCUGGCCAUCUUCCCGUACGUCAUCAUCCUGAUCCUGUUCAUCCACGCGUGCACCCUGGAGGGCGCCAGCAAAGGGAUCCUGUUCUUCCUCACUCCCGACUGGAGCAAGCUGUUUGAUCCACGCGUCUGGAUGGAAGCCGUCACGCAGUGCUUUUUCUCCUUGUCGAUCUGCUUCGGUGGAAUCAUCGCCUAUUCGUCGUUCAACAACUUCUCCAACAAUGUUUACCGGGAUGCCAUGAUCAUCUCCUGGCUGGACACUUUCACCUCGAUCAUCGUAGGCUGCAUCGUGUUUGGUGUACUCGGGAACUUAGCGCACGUGACCCAUAAAGAGGAUAUCCAGGACGUAGUCCGACAUGGGCCCGGGUUGACCUUUAUGGCCUAUCCCGAUGCUAUCGCCAAGUUUGAGUUCUUUCCGCAGCUGUUUUCGGUGCUGUUCUUCUUGAUGUUGUUCAUCGUGGGAAUUGGAAGCAACUUGGGGGUGGUGACCAGUAUCAUAACGUCCAUUCGCGAUCGUUGCCCUACGCUGGAAAACUGGAAAGUCGCCAGCUUGGUUAGCGUGGUUGGAUUCAGCCUGAGCACGAUCUACAUGGCCCCGGGAGGUCUGGACCUAUUGGACGUAUUCGAUAACUACGGAGCAAAGUAUGUGACGCUGACUCUUGCCUUGUUCGAGCUGAUCACGUUCGGAUGGAUCUACGGAGUGGACCGCAUUUGUCGGGACAUUAAGUUCAUGUUGAACAUUGAAACGGGGAAAUUUUGGAGAAUCUGCUGGGGAAUCUUGACUCCACUGGUGGUGGCAGUUAUCUUGGUUGGUUGUAUGGUUCAGCAUCAGCCGGUGGCCGUUCCGAAGGAGUACAAUCUUGUCGGGUGGUGUGUGUAUCUCUUGGCGGUGAUUCAGUUGCCGCUUUGGGCAAUCUACGCCAUUGGUACCCAGAAGAAAACUGGACUCCUUAACAAGGUAAGGAAUGCCUUCAAACCGACCAAGAGCUGGGGACCGGAGAAUUAUCAUACGAGAGAAUCGUAUAACUUGUAUAUGGAAAAAGUGAGAGCAUCUUCAGAUGCGGCUGAUGAAUCAAAUGUUGUGAAGAUUGUGUAUAGAAGGAUUUUCAAAUAGUGAUAGAUUUGUUUUGUAAACAACAUCCUAAUUAGGUAUUAUAUUGAUAAUAUUGAUAAGAUUGAUGAUAAGAUAAUAUUAUUCUGUAAAAUAAAGCAAAGACUUAUUG